UAAUCAAACUAUUCUAGUCGUAGGUUACAACUAAUAAUUGUUGUACCAAAUAAUAAUUGUAGGCGGCUGUUGUUUGAUACGUUCAUCAUUAAAUUCGGGCCACCGUUUCGGUUUAUCAGUACGUCAUAAUAUCGUGUCACUAUUAAUUCGCGCGUUAACGCAAUACAAUGUCGAGAAUUCUUAAACGUAAACAAACAGUGUGGACGAAACCGGUCGUCAUUUCAAAACCAUUCACUAACCUACCAUUAAUCAGUGUUAUUGCUAGACGUGUUAAUUUACACUUUGUACUACCUACUGCAGUAUCAUAGCGUGUUUGUUUUCGUAUGGCGGUACAUUCAGAGUUUCAUUUGUCUUAGUGUUGAUCACUGCCCAUAUAAUUCGUAUAAAAAUAAAAUAUCGAGUGAAUGCGAUAGUUAUUUAUAGUGUCAUUUAUGUAUAAUUAGGUAAUUUUUUUUAAAAAACUUUAAUUUUAAAUUUUUUAUAUAUAUAUUAUUUUACGCUGAAGGAUAUAAAAUUCUGUACGAGUUAUUUUGACGUUUUACUUUUCUAUUGUUUUAAAAUACCACCGUGGUGAGUCACGUUAAAAAAAGAAUUUUAAUUUUUUUAACUGCACGACGAUGUCUCUAAAAUCCAAACUUACGAUGGAUGAGAAAAUCGUUUCCCCGUUGGUGUCACCAAAACUCUCUAGGUGUAAUUUGUCUGACUGUGAACUGCAGAUGUGCUUCUUUAAUAUGGAAAAACAUAGUAGCAAUGCGAGGGAAAACUCUCACAGAAUUUUCGUCAACAGGAGUCUGCACCUGGAGAACAUCAAAUUCUAUGGAUUCGACAUGGACUAUACGUUGGCCGAGUACAAGUCGCCGGCUUACGAGAGACUGGGAUUUGCGUUGGCUGUCGAAAGGCUCGUGUCGCUCGGAUAUCCCUCUCAGAUUUUGCAGUUCGAGUACGAUCCCAUGUUCCCGGUGAGGGGCUUGUGGUUCGAUUCGUUGUACGGCACUCUGCUCAAAGUAGAUUCUUACGGUAACAUACUCGUCUGCGUACAAGGUUUCGAGUUUUUAAAACAUUCUCAGGUGUAUGAGUUGUAUCCUAACAAAUUCCUGCUCCUUGACGAGUCUCGCGUCUAUGUGCUCAACACGUUGUUUAACUUGCCCGAAACGUAUUUGUUGGCCUGUCUGAUCAACUAUUUCACCACUUCGCCAAACUACUCGAGGGAAAAAACCGGAGUGCGCAGUGGCGAUUUGUUGAUGUCGUUCAACUCUAUAUUCCAAGAUGUUAGGAACGCUGUAGAUUGGAUGCAUAUACAUGGUGAUUUGAAAGAAAGAACUAUUCAAAACUUAUCCGAUUACGUCAACAAAGAUGCGAGGCUGCCUAUGUUCUUGGCGAGGAUUCGGCAAAGUGGUGCCAAAGUGUUUUUGUUAACCAAUAGUGAUUACUGGUUCACUAACAUGAUCAUGACGUAUUUGUUCGAUUAUCCACACGGUGCUUCGCCCAGCGAGCCACACAGAGACUGGCAGACGUACUUUGACAUAGUGGUAGUGGACGCCAAGAAACCGCUGUUUUUCAGCGAGGGCACGAUUCUGCGACAAGUGGACACUAAAACCGGCGCUUUGAAAAUGGGCACUCAUAUCGGGCCUUUGUUAAAAGGCCAAGUAUAUUCAGGAGGUUCUUGUGAUAUUUUCACCAAGCUUAUCGGUGCCAAAGGAAAAGACGUCCUUUAUGUUGGAGAUCAUAUAUUUGGGGACAUUCUCAAAUCAAAAAAGAUACGUGGUUGGAGAACAUUUUUAGUUGUUCCCGAGUUGGUCCAAGAACUUCACGUGUGGACGGAUAAAUGUCAGCUGUUUGCAGAAUUGCAAAAUUUCGAUAUAGCUUUGGGAAACAUGUACAAGAAUUUAGACAGUAGUACUAAUGAAAAGCCCGACAUUUCAAAAUUGAGAAUGGCGAUGCGGGACGUCACCCACAAAAUGGACUUGUCAUACGGAAUGAUGGGUAGUCUCUUCCGAUCAGGGUCCAGACAAACCUUCUUCUCGUCGCAGGUCACGCGAUAUGCAGACUUGUAUGCAGCAACGUUUUUAAAUUUAAUCUACUAUCCAUUUUCCUAUAUGUUCCGAGCACCGGCUAUGCUGAUGCCACACGAGUCCACUGUGGCACACGAACACGAACAGAGACUGAGCAAAGAAGAUAACGCUGCAACGGCUGCAAUGGCGGCGGCGACGUUGAAGACUGUCAGCGAAACGGUGUUAAACGCCAGCAAAACUGUAACUACACCUAACACUGUGGACGAGACUCAGAUGCUGCAGGGCACGAACACGUUCAGCACCCAAGUGCCGUCAUCAGUGACGCACACACACGACGAAGACUGUUCGGACGAAGAAGAAGUGCUCGCGACCGAAAAAUAACAGAACAAGACAACGAUAACAAUAACUAUUAUAUCUUAUAAAUUAUAUUUUAUUAUUUGUAAAUUUUUUUACUCCCCAACCACGUUUCCACCAACACACACCACCCCUCCUCAUUCACACAAAUACAAACUAUGAUUUCUAAUUACACAAUUAAACAUAUUAUUACGUUUCUACAA